CCAGGUUACAGUGGCCUGGUGGUGUUUUUUGGCCUGGCUUUUGGGAUGGUGUGUGCUCUUCUGUUUGAGACACUCAUGGAUUUGGUGGACCCCCAGCGGUUCUCCAGUGCGGUUGGGCUUGCUACCAUUAUAGAGUGUGGGCCUGUCCUGCUGGGGCCGCCCAUCUCUGGUUUUCUGGUGGACAUCUUCAUGAACUAUAAAUACAUGUACUUUGCUUGUGGUAUGAUGAUGUUGGCUGGAGGUAUCUUCCUCUUCAUCAUGAACUAUUACAACUACAGAUAG